AUGGAAACCUACAACGGCUACGUGCGGACUCCCGCAGAUGCUAUCAAGUUAUUCGAAGCUUGCAGACUAGGGCUACUGCCCCGAGUACAGAGGCGACUUUCGGAGAAAGAAAGACAGUCCAUCAGAUCCGGAUCCGUCUUUGUAUGGGAUGAGCGGGAAGCCGGCAUGCGCAGAUGGACCGAUGGGAAAUCAUGGAGUGCCAGCAGAGUUUCUGGUAGCUUCCUGACAUACCGAGAGAUGGAAGGCAAGCGAGGCAGUGGAUUUGGAAACACACGUCGCAGCAACGGAAGGACGCCAGACAGCGGUCGCAUGAGCGAUGAUGACCCGGACGGCGAGCCUGAGGGUUACAGAUACAAGGCCGACGGGCUGAUGAAGCAGUCGUUCAGCAUCACAACAUCACAAGGACAACAUCUACACCUGAUAUCCUACUACUCGCGACCGCAUCCAGGCUCCCCAGACUUGCCGCAACCAAGCAGCGAUCCUCAGCUCCGACACAUAAUUCCAGCAAAGGGCAUGUACCCAGAAUCAAGUCUGCACGAUGCCAACCCGCCCGCCCUCACACGAACCCCCAUGCAGCCGUACACCACGCAAAGUCCGCCCGAACAACCAGCAUAUGGAUACACGUGGGGCCCGCCGGCCUGGAUGGGUCCAUGGCCGCCGUCACCGAACGGCACUCCGCCG